CUCGAAUGUGUGGCAAAUAAUUAUGUUUCAAAGAGUGCAGAAGUGGGUCCGUGGGAAAGACAAAAAACUGUCUGAAGGUUCUGGUGUAAAGCAUAGUAACAAAAAAGGACGACGUCCAAAAUACAGUGGACAAAGCCAGGAGCGUACAGUUUCCUGCGACGGCGAACCGAGGAAUGUAAAUGGCUUCGAAGAUGAAUUUAAACCUCAUGAUAUUGACGGAUUUGAUAUUGUACCAACUACUAUAGCCAGUAAGGAUGAACAAUCUAAUUUACUCGGUGAUAAAAAUUUGCAACAAGAACCCUCAGUAAAUUCUUCAAAUCAGCAGUCCUCGGAAGAUAUAUUUACCUCAUUCACAAAAACUGAAAUUCCUGAGGAUAAUUCAGACUCAAAAUUACCAAACGGGGAAAUCGAACCAAAAACUUUAUUUGAGCAAAGCGAACAAAUGGAGAACAAUACAAAUUCUAAUUUGUCGAUUGAUGAGAAGGAAAUUCUAGAUAUGUUUGAUUCCAUAGUUAAUGACUUUGAAAACGAAUCUGAUACAGAAGAAAAAUACGGAGGCGUGGAUGAGGAAAAUGAGGCUAUAAAUGGCAUAGGUCACAUUAACAAUGUAGAAAACAACGAAUCGGAAAGCAACGAAUCACCAAAUGUACAAAACUGGAAAAUGACUGGACUAAUUCGACAAAAAUCAUUACGAUUUGUAUCAAAGGAAGAUAUGUAUUUGCCUUCACCAGAAAAUGAAAGGCGAAAUAAUUCAACAACAGAAGUUCCUGAACUUCCACCGGCAGAUUACCCUGUAUCGGAAGACGAUAUUGACGAUGACGAAGAAUCCGAACAAUCUGACUCAGAAACUCUUGAAAAAUCGAAUGAAAAGUGUUUCAAAGAAACCAUAACCAGUUUCUCAUCACAGCCGUUAAAAAAAGAAAUCCAAGAGUCCAAUUUCAAAAAAACUGCUACGACCAAUGUCACGAAUCAGGGCACGGAACUGUCGGACUGUUCGCCGCGCACCAAUGGUUAUAAAGAAAAUGCAGAAAAGUAUAAGAAUAGUUGGUCAUCAGAAUCUGAAUCCUCUGAAAAGUACUUUUCGACAUCACCAGAUGUUCCAAGAUCAGCACCUGCGCAACCGAGGCGCCCGCGUCCUCGCGUGACUUCGUUCAAAUCAGCAGCACUUCCUAAACUAAGUUCCAAACCUGUUAAUGACUUAGUAAAAAAGUUUGAAGACUAUAAGACUGGAGACACAUUUUAAGUACCAGAAACACGCCUCGGCAAUGCAAUAUUCUGCAGUGGGCGUCACAUCACAUAUCGGUAUCACAUACCGGUAGCGCACAUCCAUUUCAACAAGCGUGGGACAUAUAAACGGCCCUCGUGCGCGCACAGUGUUCUAUCUGUUAUAUAUUUUAUCACCAAAUGGAAAAUAGACUCAAUACACAAUAUUAAAAAAAACGUGCCGUAGGACAUCGCAACUGAUAUGUCCACAAACGAUCGGUUCCCACACGGUACAAAGCAAUCAGGUGUGGAAAUCGUUUAUUGUACUUCUCACCUCGCUCUUUUUUGUUCGUAGUUGACGCACACUUUAUCUAUUGAAUUUAAGUAUGCCUGCCAGAAACAUCCGAUAAAUAUGCCCACUUAAAGUUUUUGGCAUAUGCAAUCCCGAAAAACAUGUUACACACAGCUAAAAUGGUGUUUUUUGCAACUAGUUAACAUGGUUUGCUGGUAGCU